AUUGUCGAUGUAAACUGCAAAUGAACAGUGGCGUUUUGACCCCCUUUCUCGUUAUGGGUUUUUCACAGCAUCUCACGAGGAAACGUAGCCACUGACCUGCCUGAGGGAUGGAGUCUCUCUUCGGGGGCGAGCUAGGCCUCCUGGGCGGGGGCGAGGGGCUGAGGGAUGAUGGCUGCAGCUUGGGGUCGGGGGUCAACUGGUCGGCCUCACCCAUCCAAGAUGACAUGUACCCCUCCCACUUCGCCCUGGCCGCCGCCUACCAUGACAUCAAGACACGAUUGGCCAGCCUGGAGCGAGAGAACAGCAGCAUCAAGAGGAAGCUGAAGAACUAUGAGGUCAAGUUCCCUAUGAUCAGUGAGUUUGAGGAGGAGAGGACUCUACAGUGCUGCUCCUGUGAACCCAAGGAGACCAGCCUACUGCAGUCGGAGACCACCAACCUGCAACAGAGAGUCAACUCACUCACACAGGAGCUCCAGAAGAGUAAAGAGCGAGAGGAGAGACUGGAGGAUGUGAUUCAGGCCUAUGAGAAGAUCCACAUGGAGAAGAGUAACGUUCAGAGAGACCUGGACAAGAUGACGACACUAGCAGAGCAGCACAUGGGGCGUAUCUGUGGUCUGGAGUCAGCUCUGAGGCAGAGGGAGGGGUCCCUGCAGAAACUCAGUGCUCAGCUGCACAGCAAGAACAUUCAUUACCUACAGCUACACACCAGUCUGGACGUGCCUCGCGAGCGGAAUGGGCGGGGUCCGACCCUGCAGAGCUCUCGUAGUCUGGACGCCGUGUCCGACCUGAAGCUGCAGCGGUUGGAGGCGGAGCUAGAAGGGGCGCGGCAGCAGGCCCAGGGGGCAUGUCAGAGAGAGAAGGAGAUGAAGGAGGAGCUACAGAGGCUGCAGACAGAGAUCAGAGAGCUGCAGCAGGAAGUACAGAGACAGCAGGAGGUGACCACACCCUGUGAGCACUGUGAUGUGGAGUGGAUCAAGAAGGCAGGAGAUGAACAGGUGAACCUGGCGUUGGCCUACACUGAGCUGACAGAGGAGCUGGGUCGUGUGAGAGGUCUGGCUGUCAAACAGACUGAGAUCCUCAGGAAGGCAUCCCACGAGCAGAUGGUCCUAAGACACUCCCCAGCCCCCCAGCGUCGCUCCCCGGCCUCCCAACGCCCCUCCCCAGACCGCCUCCACCCUCACCCCUCUCCUUCUCCUCCCCUCUCACCUUCCUCACCCCCUUCUGGCCCCGCUUCCUACUCCCCCACUGGCCUCUCUUACUCACCCACCGGCCCAGCAUCCUACUCCUGCCGGCCAACCAGCCAACGGCUACGUGCCCGCUUCCAGGGGCGCCGCAGCUACUCGGAGGUAGCCGACUCAUCUGCCCACCAGAGGCCCCCGCCUAGGCUGCUCCGUGACCCGGUCUCCACCCUGCCCAAGCCCAGGAACAUGGAGGAGUCUGGGGCCUACUCCCGCCCGCCCAGGGUUUCCCUGGGAGGAGGAGGAGGAGGAAACAGCCUGAGCAGUAGUCCCCACCACCAUGCCCUGGGGCUGGGCUUCCCUCUAGCUGCAGAGGGGCGCCACUUCUGUCAUUUGGAGGAUCCCCCGGCCCCCACCCCACUGGUCACCCCGCCCCAGUCAUCUGACGAUGAGGAGGAGUGGAGGUGCCCAUCCCCGGUCUCCAGUCCUCCCAGGACACUGGGGGCCAUGGGGGUAAGCUCACGGGAACCCCCUCCCUGCCCCUCCUUCUUGGCCCCAAAGGGCCCGGCUAACCUCACCUGCCACCUGCCAGGGUACCUGAACGCAGACCAUGCCCAGUCCUGGCCCUCCAUCAAUUUGUGGAUGGAGACGGAGGAGAACGACGCCCGGAGCUGCCCGCUGUGUCAGCUGACCUUCCCCACUGGUUACCCUGACGACGCCCUCAUCAAACACAUCGACACGCACCUGGAGAACAGCAAGAUCUAACCGUUCCCACCCAGACACAGAUCAACUUACCCUGCCAAAUUCGAACCUAAACCAUUACUAGGAAAACACAACACUGACCUUAGUGUCCAGAGGCGACUUCGUCCUACUCCAGUCUGCUUCUGCUUUGAGUCAUGACUAUCCACCUGCUGAAAAAUAUGGGAUUUACAAUGGGCUCACCCUCAAUACAAAAUGACAGCAUCACCAUUGCGUAUCCCCUUUGCAAUAUGGCACUCUAGGGUAACAGACUGCAUCCACAGAAUAAUUCCAUCUAAAUGUAGAGGUUAUACUGUCAAGCCCCUAGUCGUUUUCUAAACUGGAAAGUUUCCUUACCUCUGUAUGAAAAUGUUAGUUUAGGGCUAUAACCAGGGACAGUGCUGUUUCUGAAUGCUCCCCAUCUCUCCCAUGUUAUCAGGUAUUUACAUUUUAGUCAUUUAGCAGACGCUCUUAUCCAGAGCGACUUACAGUUAGAGUGCAUACAUUUUUAAUAUACUGCCAUAUUUUUAUAUAGGUUUGGUCUUUGACAUGGUUACCUCACUGUUUUUAAAACCAUCAAUAAUGGGUCACACCCCAACUACACGCUUGAUCAUAAAUGUACUCUCCAUCAAACCAGAAUGAACCCUUCACCCAGACUUUAAGGGCAUAUUCAUAACUGAGGUACACAGCACUUCUUUUAGAAUUGAGUUCUAAUGGAAUUUGAAGAAUGGUUUUCAUCAAGAUUGAAGAACAAUCUUUAAAUUGAUGAAUUAUAGUAUCUCACGUGUCUUUGUAAAAUGAAAUGAAAUGAAGUCGAGGAUGACAAAGUGGACGGUGAUAAUAGCUCAGUUCAACUAUUUGUAGCUAUGGCAGUGUGUCAAGGACCUUAAAACAGGGAUAGGAUGGACCACUAUAGGUACCUCAUAAGAAACUCCUUUGUAUAUUGACAUUCAGGGAUUUAUAUUGUACCAGUGAUUAAAACUAGGGUAAUAACAGGCCGAAGAUGUUCUGGUUUGUAGGAGCUGUACAGUGAUUCCAGGCUGUUCUCCAUGGAUGAUUUGUGAAUCUCAGAAUACUGAAGCUUUAUAUGCAGUUAUCCCUGAUACAUGCCUACAGGUUGUCAAUUCACAGCAACACAUUUAAAUCCCAACGGAUAUGAAUUGGACAGAUACACAACAUUACCAGAACAUCAGCUGAUUCAACUCAGCCAAUUCUCAAAUUUGCACAACAAUCAAGAUGAUCCAAAGACAGAUCUACCAUCAGUCGGUUGAGGGACAAGCGUCGCGCAGUAGUGACGCCACCCGUCGGAAGACAAUGCCAUUAGUAUAGAUACCAUAGAAAGUAACACUGCAAUCGACCACAAUAAAACUGCUGGAUCGCUUCUGGGGGAACACCAAGACACUCCACCAAUGAGACAACAGUACUGGGAUACAUGAAUGACAUUUCAAAGUGGACAUGAACCCAUCUGUUCACAUUGCAUUUCAACACUAAAGAAUUCCUUUUCUGAAUAUUUUUUUUCCUUCCGUAGAAUCAUGAAGCUUAGUUUACUCUUUAUAGUCAUCUUUCGGUUUUCUG